AUGGUUGGAGCGGUUUCCGGCGGACACGCAGCUCACAGAUGGGGCCGCAGACCGGUGCUGCUAGCGUCCCUUGCUGUUGACUACGUGUCCGGGAUAGCGUGUGCUUUCUCCGCUAACUACGCCUUCUUCGUGGCCAUUCGGUUCAUCAUAGCAGCUAGCACCACCGUCAGCACUCUGGCUCUAAUUGUCAACACCCUGGUAUAUUAUGGGAUAUCCCUCAACACGGCCGCCCUGAGCGGGAACAUGUACCUCAACUUCGCCAUUUCCGGUUUCGUCGAGAUUCCAGCAUAUUUAUUAUCCAUCUUCAUCCUGAAUAGGUUCGGAAGACGCUGGCCCUUAUGCUUGAUGCUUCUGUUCGGAGGCGUCGCCUGUAUCGUGGCCUUCUUUAUUCCUAAACAUCUCGGCUGGAUGACCACCACCCUGGCAAUGGCCGGCAAGUUCUGCAUCACCGCCACUUUCGCCAUUAUCUACGUCUUCUCGGCGGAGAUCUUCCCUACCGUUGUCAGGCAAAUCGGGAUCUGCAUGUCCUCCAUGAGCGCUCGUGUCGGCGGCAUGGUCGCUCCGUUCGUGAAUCUGCUCGGCAGCUAUUGGGCGCCGAUGCCUUACGUCAUCUUCGGGGGUGCUUCGGUCGCCGCCGGACUGCUGGCGCUCCUCCUACCGGAAACCAAGGGGAAGACACUUCCGGCUACCAUCGAGGACAGCGAGAACUUUGAGAACGGCAUCGUAGACGAGGAAUGAUCUGAGCAAUGAAGUUGGGCUAAGACAGGAUUUGUGAUAAUUGUCUUUCGCCCUGGUCCAAAGUACCACAAGAAGCUAAGAAAAUUCACAAGAAAUAUUUAAAAAAUGUAAAAAAAAAUGUAGUUCUCGCUGUCCUCGAUGGUAGGACCCAGGUCUAAAAUACCACAAGAAGCCAAGAAAAUCUACAAGAAAUUUUAAAAGAUGUAAAUAGUUCAUGUUGUUAUGAGACCUACGAAGAUCUUUUUAUAUCCAUUCAUAUCUAGAUUGCUCCUAUAGUGAUCUGAAUAUAGUAUGUAUACUUAAUAUAUGUAGAAGUUUUGUCAUAUUGGCACAGAUGAAGAAAGGAGCUUUCAUCAACAAUGAAGAUUGACGCAUAAGAAAUGAUAAG